GCACCCAUCUAAGAUGAAUCGCAUUUUCGGCAAGAAGAAGCUCGAGGCGCCGCCCAUUAAUAUCUCCGAUGUGGGGGGUAAGGUGGACGCCCGGGUCACCGACUUAGACAUGAAGGUCGAGAAGCUGGACCAGGAGCUCCGCAAGUAUCGCGAGCAGAUGAAGAAGACACGGGGCCCAGCAGUAAAUUCAAUCAAGCAGCGAGCUAUGCAGACACUCAAGCGUAAGAAGAUGUUCGAAGCACAGCGCGGCAAGCUGCAAGCUCAAUCUUUUAAUAUUGAUCAGGCAGUAUUCGCCAUCGAUACAUCAAGGGACACGAUAUCUACGGUGGCUGCCAUGAAGAGUGCGGCAGUGCAGCUGAAGGCAGAGACCCAGAAAGUCGACAUUUCAGAGCUUGAGGCGGACGACAUGGCCGACCUCAUGGAGGACAUGGACGAAAUUCAAGAGAUAAUAGGCCGCUCGUACGGGAUCGGUGAUGAUAUCGAUGAAGAUGAACUUGAAGCGGAACUGGAAGGGCUGGAAGAAGAGUGGGCUGAGGAGGAGGCACUUGGAGAGGAUGCAGAAGCAGCGCCAACCUACCUUGCGCCGACGCACCACGAGUUGCCUCAUGCGCCGUCGGGUACGAUAGACACCGGCAGGACGGCUCGCGCCACCGACGAAUUCGGCCUGCCGGUGGCAUCGUCGUAGCGCUGGUUUCUGGCUUACAAGUUAACGAUUGCAGUCGCACAAAAACAACGAAUAUCCUGUCGAGUAA